CACCGAGCCCUCGGUCGCAAGACCCUAUAGAGAGUGGAGUCCGACAGUGCCUGGGUGUUCUGCUGUCAGCAGCAGCGCACCAUCCAUGCCACCCAAAAAGUCGAAUUGGAACUUCCUUCAGCAGGCCCAUCGAGCGAAUCUCAUCCGUGAGGAAGAUGUGGACUCUGGGAAUUAUCAAGGUGGCCUGUCAACCAAGCGGCUUGAUCGAGAAGAUGAUGACGACAGGCAGGAAGAGGAUGCAAUGCUUUCUGACCUGAGUAGCAGUGAUGAGGAUGCUCCUCAGAUCAAGGUGCCCUUGUCCAAGGAUGAAGCCUUAGCAGCCGUGCAGCGGAGCAAAGUCCUGAAGGGUCUUUCGAUCCACGGCCAGGUCCGCGUGGCGGCGCUGCUGCGGCGUUGCAGCUAUCAGCCUGGAGAGCGGCUGUGGUCUGGCCAGGAGGGCGACGAGAAGCGACUUGUGCUCAUCGAGAGUGGAGAGGCCGAGCUUUGGCUCCCGGAGGGAGACGGGGAGCGCUUCGUAGGAACCUGUGGGCCAAGGAAGGUGCUUGGAGGGCUGUUUGCCGUGGGGUCAGCAUCAAGGCAGAUCUUCUCGGUGCGGGUUCCCGAUCUGGAGGAGGCCAAGGUCUUGCAUGCCUGGGAGAUCGAUAGUCGUGACCUGGAGCAGUUCGAGUCGCUCUUCAACGCCUCGGACUUGACCGCCUUCCGUCGUCGAGUGCUGCAGGACGUGCGGAUCCAGGUCAUUCCGUAUUUGCAACGCCAGCUGGCUUGUGGCGGGGUCUUCUCACACUACUCCACACUGUUCAUUGGCCAGUUGGUGAAAGAUAUGGAUUUGCGCUUAUUUGAGCCGGGUCAAGUGAUUUUCAAAGAGAAGUCGCUCGGCCGCUCCCUGGGCAUCUUAGUUUCAGGCUCCGUGGACGUCAUAGCGAAUGGCCGCAAGGUCUUUUCCAAGUCCAACAGUGGCCAAGAGAUUGGCGAAGCCGCCCUUUUUGAGACGGGCUACCGACGCCAUGCCACCACCCGCUGCUCACAACACGGGGAGACCUUGAUGUUCUUGGCCACACGGGAUGCCUUCUAUGCCUGCCUGGCCAAGUUUCCAGAAGAGAAGAUCAAGCUGGCGGAACAGGUGCGCCACCGCAUCGCCAUGACCGUCAUGAAAGAGCCCUUCAGCAUGUGCGACUCUGCCUUUCUGCAUUUGGUUUGCACAGAGUGUGAAGUAGUGCAGCUGGCAUGGCCGAAAGCUGCCAUCGUCCCGGGGCAGGAGGAGGUGAUGCAUCUUUGCUACGCUGGAGAUCUGGUUGUGGAGACCGAGUCCGAACAGGUGACCUCGCGCUUUGCGAAGAAGUGGGAGAUGUUUGGCCUCAAAGCCGCUUUGGGACUCCACUCUGGGCCAGCUGAUUAUAAGCUCAUGGCUGGACGUCAAGGUUGUACCUUGGUGCGUGUCACCUGGAAGGCGGUCGAACAGGCGUUGAUGUUCUUCCCCGACCAGCUGCCACAGCUGCUGGAGCUGGCUGGGCUGAAGGAAGUCCCUCCGAAUCAUCCGUUUAAGGGCAAAGAAACCUUAGUGUGGGACAUCAUUCAGCCGUUGCUUUGCAGGGUCUUUUGUACAUUGGAGAUUGACGCAGAAUUUUGCGCAUCGCUGGCGCAAAACUUCCAAGCGGCGGUCUACGAUGCCGGGUGCCUCAUCGCGCCAGAGGGUGUGGCGAACGACGCGGUGCUGCUGCUCAUCUCGGGUGAGGUGACCUGGUCCCGGCAGGGCAUCGUGACCUUCGAUGCCUUGGCGCCCGACUACUUCGACGAGUUCUGCUUGUUCGCCGAGCGGCACCACGCGGCCAGCUUGACCGCUAAGUCCACUGCGGUCAUCUGGCGCUUGCACCGCUCCAAGCUGAGCCACGCCGACACACCCGGCUCGCGCGCGGCGCACGCUCAAACGCGUGCGCAGCACGUGCCGAGCACGGAGGCGUGUCGGCGCGUGGAGCAGAUGACGGAAGAUAUGCAGGAGUUGACGCAGGAGAUCCACGGCAAGUUGAGAUCCAACAUGAGGAACAUGAAGACCUGGAGGAGAUUCAACUCGGAAGUGCUCGGCCUCUUGAGCGACAAUAUCUUCCUGCGGACUUUUCUGCCGGGCCAGUGCAUCUUCAGCGACGGUGAUACGGGAGAGUUCAUUUUUAUCCUGAUGCGUGGAAGAGUUGAAGUGCAAUCACAAGGAAAGACCAGCUUUCUGGAAGAAGGAGUGACCUUCGGUGAAAUGGUCCUUUUUGGCCAGACCCACCGCAGCGCGACCAUCACAGCAUGCUGUUUGUGCAUCAUCAAUGCGGUGCACAAGGAUUUGGUCAGCCACGCCUUGCGUGCGCAACCCCGCAAGGCCUUUUUGGUGGACCAUAAGAAGGCCAAGUCUCAGCCCAGCCGUGUCAGAGGCACCGAGGACAAGGCUUUGCGGCGGACGCCCAAGUUUUUCUGGCAGGAGGCACAGGAAGAAGUGGUCGACUUGGCAGUCACCCAGGCGCCGUCACAGCGUUUGAUGGCGCCACGGCAGUGCCAGAAGCGCCUGGAGCGAAGCUUUCUGCUGGAGGCGCGGACCCCACGGCUGCCGCCGGUAGAAACACUCCUCUACAAAGCGCCCAAGGUGACGGAAAUGAAGCUGCGUGUUGCCUUCCAACGGCUGAUGCCCAGACAUGUCUUGGUGGCUUCUGCCAACAUGCGCGGCGUGCGUGAGGGCUAUGUGCACAAGGCGAAGCAGCUGGGGUUGGAUGAUUCCUUGCCCUCCGUGCGCGUGGCGCGGGCGACCUACACGGAGCCCGUGAAGCAGUCGAAACGAGUGAAGCAGGCGAGACGACGGAAACUGAAGCCGAAGAGAGCCGAAACUGAGGAUGACUUGGACGACUUGACGGUCGUGGGGGGUUUACAGGUCCUGGCUGCUAGCUUGCUGCGCUUGAGCUCCAAGCCCAGCAUUGCCACGUUGCUGGACACCAACCCCCAUCGCCCGCGCAUGCCUCCGCGCGCUGAGCCGCUUCGGCAGAAGCUUCCGCGGCUGAGCCGCUACGCCGAGAGCCUGGCGCGCUCGGAGCGUGCCUACGGUUCUCGCGAGCGAAGUCCACAGCCAGAGGUGCUUCCCGCCAGUGAGGAGCCUGAUCCUGGGCGUGACGCAGAGAACGCCGCGCUAGAAGAGCGCGCAGAUGCUGCGGCACUGAAUCUGGUUCUGCGGCGCUUGGCCUACGAAAGCUAUGAGGUCCGUAUGGCACGUGCCCAAUGCUUGGCCAUUUUGCUGUCUCCGAUGGAGACCAGCGACGCACUGUUGCAGCUGGAGAUGCACCUGCACUGGGACGCUGAGAGCAGUGGCACCGUGCGCUCGGCCAGUGUGGUGGAGCACGACUCGCCGGGACAGGUGUCACCCAGCUCCAGCUUCGUCCCGAGUCUUGCGGCAGAGGAUUUGAUGAGCCAUGCCUUGCAGAGCCUUUUUGACCUUUGAUGAGCCGCGCUCCGUGUGCCCCAGUGAACACGUUGCCUAGCGACCAGCUGAGGGCCGAUGAUUUCGGGAGCCGUGCGGGUUUGCGCGCGUACUCACGCGGUGCGCAUGGCUGGAAGCUGCCGCUGCUUUGCUUUUUUGCAGG